UUAUCCGUUCGAAAAGCCUCAUAAACAUAUUUAUAAUGAGUACUAACAUGAGACCCAAGUCGGUGAUCAACUCAAAAAUGUCGCCAGACCGAGAGCCGCGUGGAACGAGCCCGAGUAAUCAGAAGGGCAGGGGCAUCAACCGAAAAACCUCCCCGCCAGGAUUUAGUGCCCAGGAUUCAAGUCACCAGAAGGUGCAAUGGAGUUUUGCCAGCUUUGAAGGAUCCCCAACCGGAGGACGAACGCCACCGCGCGUGGAUGAAAUCGCAAGACGUGGAGACCUGACGAACCUGAUCAUCAACUACAUGCCGCAGGACAUGAUGGAAUCGGAGUUGUAUGAUUUGUUUUCCAACUUCGGCGAGAUCCGGAAGCACAAGGUUGUGCGUCAUGUCGACUCGGGAUUGAGUGCCUGCUACGGCUUCGUGGAGUUCAUCUCCGCCCGCCAGGCGACGGCGGCCGUGAACGCCCUCGAUGGAUACCAGGUGCGCAACAAGAACCUCAGGGUGGCCUACGCCCGACCACCGGGAGAUCUUAACAGGAAUAGCAACCUCUAUAUAUCCCACUUGCCGGCCUUCAUGGACGAGCAGAGAGUGCGCGACCUGUUCUCCUCCUACGGCCCCGUUAUGGAUGUGAAUGUCCUGCGGAACAAGUACACCAAAAGAUCCCGUGGCGUGGCCUUCGUGCGGUUCGAGCAUUAUCGGGAUGCUGAGAUGGCCAGGCACAACCUGGAUCAGCACCUUUUGAACGGCGCCUAUAAGCCCAUAACGGUCAAGUACGCCGAACGCCAGGCUGAGAGCCAUCGCACCUCCAAUGGCCUCCAGUUUCGUUUCCAACAGCAGCCCCCUUAUAAACGCCGCCAGGAUCAGGAAACCAGACAGGAGCCAAAGCGGUCUCGCUGAUUCGUCUCUCCGUUUUAGGUUUUACUAUGAAACCAAAACAUCUUUUCAUACAGUUCUUGUUUUAUAUUUGACAGACUAUUUUGGCAAUUUGCAUUGCUGUUGCAAUGUGUUGACAGUUUUCACCACGUCCUGCCGAGAUUUUUAUAUAAUGUAUGAAUAUCGCAAUGCAAAUGAUGCAUCUUUACCAUGUUCCAAAUCAAAAUAUCAUAAAUAUUAGCAAGAAAUCGAUGUCAUUUUAGACCUUGCAAACAUUUUUGAAAA